UCUUUGACCCGACAGUUCUCCCAAAACCUCCAAAACGCGAAAGCAGAUGAGAGAAUCAGUUCCUCAUAAUCAGGAAAAACGAUAGGAAAACGAAAAUAAAUCGAGUGCUCGAGCCCCAGCUCUUGUCCCCAGGUGUGUCCCCAGCUUUAAAAAAUUGAUGUUCACCGUGUAAGUGGACGGAUAUGUCUGAAAGUCCUGAGAUCCUCCAUCGCGCGUGAACACUCCGACAAAGCCCAGUGCAAUCCCAACCCCGAGGAGCAAAGUGAGAGAAACAAUUAGGAGUGAUUGGAGUGCUUGAAGGGGCGUAGUUGUUGGAUUUUUAAUUGUCCUGACGUCUUGUCUCGUGGCUCAUCGUUAUGACGACUGGUGCACGUUGGUCCACCAAGUGGUUGUGAUGAUAAAAAUAGAAUCACCUAGGAACGAGAGGUGUGAGCUGAUGCCCCAUUGAAGGAUUCACCUCGUGGACUUGAUUGUGAAUAGUUAUUCCUUUGACAGGAGCUCGGGAAAAAAAAUAUGAGGAUGAGAGUGAUGACGAGCUGAGACACACCAUCGACAACGCCAUGUUAUCUGGGAGCAGAAAUUUUUGUCAUAAGUGUUUGUUGUUAUUUUUUAACGUUUUUUUUUUACUUUGGUGAGAGCAACCAGAAGUGCAUUUUCACGGGGGUUCUUUUUUUUUAUCGUGUACCAGGGCUGUGAGAGGGGGUAAACAGCAUAAUGCCGGUAUGCAACGUGAAGACGAAAUGUCUGCCAGCCACAUUUGCCUGGAGCCUUCUACUCAUCACUACGACACUUUAUUUCUAUUAUCCGUGCCAAUACUACAUAUUCCAGUAUCCAUGGGUUCCAGCACUCCAGGGAGUCAUUACCUUCCUCGUACUCACCAAUUUUGGGCUCGCCACGUUUAUGGAUCCUGGUGUCAUACCAAAAGCACCUCCAGAUGAAGACAGAGAGGACGAAUUUCGUGCUCCUCUCUUCAAGAACGUCGAGAUCAAUGGGAUUACUGUUCGCAUGAAGUGGUGUGUCACGUGUAAAUUCUACAGACCACCGAGAUGUUCACACUGCAGUGCUUGUGACCAUUGCAUCGAGACAUUCGAUCAUCAUUGCCCGUGGGUCAACAACUGCGUGGGCAGGAGGAAUUACAGAUACUUCUUCUAUUUCCUAUUAUCUUUGAGCUGCCAUAUGCUCAGUAUUUUUGGACUGUGUCUGUACUUCGUGCUACAGCACAAGCAGAAGCUAGGGGAGGUCGAUACAACUGUGGCGAUGGUGCUGAUGGGAGUGGUUACACUGCUGUUCUUUCCCAUUUGUGGAUUAACAGGUUUUCAUGUGGUGCUUAUAUUUAGAGGUAGAACUACAAAUGAACAGGUCACGGGUAAAUUCAAUGGUGGAUACAAUCCAUUCUCACGUGGGUGCGUUCGUAAUUGCUGUUACACACACUUUGGACCACGAUACCCUAGUUUAAUGAAGCCUGAAAAAUACUUGGGGAAGCGUCGUGGAGCCUGUGCAUCCGAGAUAUCCCCGACAGACAGCGAGAACCAGGUAAAAACCUACAUGGAUAGCAGCAAUGGUGUUAGAAAUGCCAGUUCAAAUGCUUAUAAUAAGUUAUCACCCAGAAGGGACGGCUCGGACACUGACAUGGAGCCAACAGCCUCACAGUCAGCUGAUUGCGAGCCAACUCCACCAUUACAGAGACACGGAUCAAAGAGUAAUUUUUUCCUGCCACCGGUUGAGACCACUGACUCACCGAGACACCCAUUACCACAGAAUCAUCAUCCCAUUCAUUACCCCAGGGGAAGUCCUCAUCCCAGGCCAAGGGGGAUGAACGGCUCUCGGAGUCAUACCCCUGAUGUUCUGUCACCGGAGGGUGCAGGAGGAUCGUGCGGUCUUCAGAGAGGUCAGGGACAGGUUGGAGGUGGUGCUAGUCCAACGAUGCAGCAACGGAUAAAAGCUAUCGGUGUGCCAACACCUCUUGCCAUUUCCAGUAAUAUUCGCAGGUCAAACCCGGGGACCCCGACGCAGGUACGUCGGCCGGACUACAUCGGUGUGACCGAGACACCGACGUACUACGACGUCCAGCAUCACAACAAUCUGCCAGUGGGUGCCAAUGGUUCAGGUGUACCUGGUUACAGUCCACAGCGUCGAUUUCUAUCAGAGAGUGAAUUAAUUCGUAGCAAUGAUCACCACUACUCGCGCACCAACAACACAGUGGAUAAUAUAAGAGAGCUAGCUGGAUCACCACAGAGAGGUGUCUACAUGUGGAAGGAUCACUCACCAUCGGGUUAUCCAAGUGUCCAGAUGCCCCAUCCCACUCUCACGUCCAUGCAGAGACCUCCACCCUACGAUUAUUACUGCUCCAAUCCCACGAGUCCCACCCAGCAGCCGUACAAUCCACCGAGGGGUGCAUAUCAUCCAGCAAAUCGUGGUGGUGUACCUGUUUUUCCACCACAUCAGUCACCCCAGGUCAAGAGGAAGACAAUGGCAACACCAACCACUCCAACGUCCAAUGAUGCCAGGCGCAGGCCCAUGUCAUUUGUCAGGGCCCUCGAGAUGACUGACUCCAUGGAGAUGGUCGCUGUACCUGGGGACAGGAGCAAUCAGAGACCCACAACUCCCACUCCUGACAGGGGCAGUGUCUACGAUAUGAACUAUGAGAUAUCCGUAUAGCGGUCUAGGAGGUGGAGGACUGGUGUCGCUGUGUGAGAGAGAUUUUUCCAAGUUUUUUUUUUCGUUCUUCCAGGUUUUUGCAAAGGAUUUCACUGAGGAGCGAGGAUAUUUUGAUCUAGAGGGAGAUUUUCGAGGGGUUCUAAAAUUCAUGUGAAUAUUCUAGGGAAGAAAAUUUUGGUUGAGGAAUUUUUUGAGGUUUGACAAAUAAGUUUUAGAGUUGAAUAGAUUUUCUAGAAUCAAAGACAGAUAAUCUCUGAAAUUUAGAGCAUCAUUAUUUCUUUGAUCCCUCUGGUCGAUAUUCUCCUCUUGAUGAAAUUACGAACUUAAAUGUUGAAACUGAAAAAAUCAUAACACAUGGGACCUCUUUUUAUCGCCCAGGUUAAUGACUAUUGACAAUUACCAAUUGUCAUGUCUGUAGUUAGCAAUAUUUUUUAAAUUUAGUUGAUCAUGAUCGAUAACGCAUGCUACUGGCAGCCAAACAAUUAAUUAGACCGAGUUUGGUCGUACGAUUAUGGAAAAUGUCCAAAUACCUUAAUCGUAGGUGAGGAGAGGAUGUAUCUAGCAUCACCCGUUUUUUAGUACACGUUAAGGUCAGUUUAGAUUUUUAUAUAGGAUCACGUAAAGAGGGGACAUGCUGCUUACAUCGAGAUAUUUUUUUAUUGCCAAAUUAUUAUUUUGGGAAGUUGUAAAACGUUAAUUCACGGUGACACUUGUCUUUCCAGUUUAGAUUUUCGUUGUUAUCUCGGUUACGAGUGCUCCCGCAGAAGAAAGUCAGAGGGAUCUUAAUUAGAAAAAGAAAUUGUCUAGAAAAAAUUCCUCUGACAUUGUUCUCUAAUACCAAUCAUUGUCCAGAUAAUUAGCUGAUUAAGAUGGAAAAAAAUCAGGUUCUAUUACGUUUUGCUCUUCCCUCUUAAAUUAUCUCACUCGCUUAAUUUUUCUCGAUAUCUUUCCAUCGAAUCCUCAUCGAAAGAUAAAACGACUGGGAUAAUUUCCCAGUUUCAUAUUUAAUUCUGUUGAAUUCAGUGGCGAAGCGAUAAAUUUAUAUCAAUUUUCCUGCGUUAUAUUGAGAAAUAUCUUCGAAUCCGAGAGAGAUAGCAAAAAAUUUGAGCUUACCUUUUUUGUAGUGCUCAAUGGACUCAAUAUAAAGGAUUUUGACUAAAAUUUCGAUAUCUGUCCUCAAUACCAAGAUAUUUACUGAACACUGAUCUGUUUUAUCGUUUGGCUACUGACCUUCUAUUUUGUUUUUGUUUUGAUUUUUGUUUAUAUUCCCAAAAUGAUGCAAUUUUUUAUUUAUUACUUUUCUAUUUCGAAAUACACAUGAAGAUAGUUAUGCGGAUGAAUAUUUAAUCAAAGAAGAGGAACAAAAUUAGAGGGAGGCAAAUGAAAAACAAUUUUGUGUGAGUGUGUGUGAGGGGAGAUAUUGUCCAUUUGAAAGAAAAAAAAACAUAAGCAAGCGUAAGAGUUACUUAAUCGACUCGAGUCAUUGUCAAGGAUAGGAUUAACGAGAAAAACGAAUUUUUUGUGUAUAAAUAAUUGUCAAACGUGUAGCAAACAAAAUUUAUAAUACAUAUUUAACGAUAUUUAAACGUCAAGUUGAGGAGGUGAAGGAUGGAUUUAUUAUUUCUCUUGAAUGUGUCCAAUUAACAAGAAUAUCUCCAUUGUUUCAGUCAUUUUGCGUUGUGAAUAGAUGUUGGUGGGCUCGAAGGCGACAAUUAAGUUGAAAAUUAAGAGAUUUUAAAACCGAAAAGAGAGAAUUCAGUGAGAAAGUGAAAAAACUCGAACAGUUUUUUCAAAUGUUGAUUGAUCUCGCAAACUAUUGAUUUUAGGAGAAAAUACGAGAAUACCCUUUUCAUCCGGAAUUUCAUAAUCUACAAAAAAGUCCUCUGGCAUUUUCCUCUGAAGUCGAUAGUUUUCGAGAUUAAUCGAUCCAUAAUCGAUUGUGAAAAUGGUGAAUUAAAUUGUCUUUUCGGAUUGAUCUCUUGGAAGUCAUUCCUUCGAGCUUAAUUGACAAAUCGACUAAUCUGUUAUUUUUUUAAUUUUUUUGGUGAGUGCAACGAGUGCAGUGCGUGCGCCUGUUAAUCUAAGAAUGCGAGAGGAACUCUCCAAUUAUGUGAAAGUAUAAAAUGAAACAAAAUACAGUGAAUUAUACCCUGUGAAUGAUUUUUUGUUAAUAACGUGAAGAACUUGAGAACAAUGGAUGCUGUGUAAUAUAUGAAUUAUUGGGCUGAAUGUCCGUCAAGAGUUGGGUAAUGCAUAAUUAUUAUUUCCCUGAGUACUCUGGAUUCAUUGUAAAAAGGGAGCUCACAAAAAUUGUACCAAAUUUGUGUUCUGUAUCACAAAAAUAAUGUCAAUAAGGUCAAGACCAUUAAACCCAUUUUGAAAAUAAUA